UUUUCCAUACAAAUUUUCCACAGCCAUUUUCUCACCAAAAAAAACAUCAAUUGAAAAAACAAAACAAGAUUAAAACUAAACCAUUAUCAAAUUGACAUUGAAUUGACAAUUAACUCAACAAAUAAACCACAAAUACACCAUGAACAACCUCAGGCACGCAUUGUCUGGACUCCAACGAUUCCAAGGAUACCUCAAACUCCCAAAUCUCUCUGAAAUAACAUCUCAAGAUUCAUCUUCAUCAUCAUCAUCAUCACCAUCAAAAUUAACAAUACAAAUCAUACUACUCCAAUGUUUCUACUACAUAACAGCCACGGUGUUAUCAUUCUCAAUAGCAUGGAUCCUGGGGCUAGACUUCAAUUUUGGCUGGGUUUUCAAUUGGGAUUUAGUCAGUUUAGAUAAUUCAUUAGGUUUGACCAUAAUUGGAAUGUGGUUAUUUGAUUCGUUAUUAUGUGUGUUAUUCAUGACUGUAAUAGUCGGGAGGAGUAAAUUGGCAUGGGAUUUCGCCAUAACUAUACAUGCUAUCAAUUUGGUUGUGGUUUGGAUAUAUAGUGGUGAGUUCCCAAGAAGUUUUGUUUGGUGGAGUGUUCAGGUUGGUAGUUGUUUAAUAUUGGUUAGUUUGGGGACAUGGUCAACAAGGUGGAAGGAGUUGAGAGAGACUUUUUUCGAAGGGAUUGUUGAUGUGGAAAUGGGUCAUUCUGGUCAAAGAAGUGCUAUUGAAAUGCGUGAUGUUUCAGAGGAUCAUUGAGGAAUAAGAGUAUAGAAUUAUUAACAAAAACAUGUAUUUUUAUUAUUAUCCAGUGUUCGAUCAAUUAGACUUAGUGUUGUUUUCUUCCUUUUGAUUAUGUUUCUUGGUGUGAUGUGUUGGAUUGUAUUGAAUCUUGAACUGUUUAAUGUGUUAUUGUCCCAAGUGUUGGGUAUUAAUAAAUUAUCACCAUAUUGUACACCAAAACUUUGAUCUUCAGGAUCAAUUUCACCUUUUGAAAUUUUAUCAAGGAUAGAUUCACUUAAUAAAUUAAAGAUUUCAUAAAUAUUAUCACCAUUCUUUGCAGAAGUUUUCAAAAAACCAGUAAUUUGAUUCUUUUGUAUGAAACCAUUAAUUAAAUCAUCAUUAUCUUCACUUUCUAGAUCACAUUUAUUCCCCACGAGUACUAUGGAAGGAUCAUUACACAAUGCCUUGAUAUCUUGUAUAAAUCCAUCCAAUUCAUUAAAAGUUUGUUC